AUGCCUGAGAUUAAACUUAAAAUUGAAAUCACUGGCUUGCCAGAAUCGGUCGUUCCCAGGUUGCGAGAUCUUCUCAAAGACUACCUGACCAACUCCAACGACUCUGACAUCAAUCCUCCAGAACCUGGACGGCGCUCUGUGAAGCUGAAACUAAAAAUUGCAGGGGAUGGAUCACAGAAGACCAUUCGUGUCACCAAAAAGGAGAAAAAGGUGAUAAGGUUACACGAGGAGAUGGCCUACAUCAACUCAGCCUGCGAACGGUCUCAAGCAUUGCUUGCAUCAUAUUUUCCGUUUGAUGAGGAUGACUUCGACUAUGAGAGGCGCGUCACAUUGACUCUAAAGGUCAUCACGAAACCGUUACUUAUGAACACAAAUGCCGCUGCCAAGGCCUAUGUGGAAAUUAAAGAGGAUGUUGAUGACUGUUGA